AUGUUGACUUACCUGUUUUUAUCCAUUGCAGUGUCACUGACAAUAUCUCUUACAUCUAUGUUCCCAUUGUUUUCUCUUAUACAAGCUAAUAAUCAUGGUGAACGCGGUUUUACUGUGGAACUUAUUCACCGAGACUCUCCAUUUUCGCCUCUCUAUAAUCCUUUAGAAACACCUUCAAAACGUGUUGCAAAUGCUUUACAGCGUUCCAUCAACCAUGCCAAUAGGAUCUUCAAGGCAACUUCAUUCACAUCAAACUGGCCGCAAUCCACAAUAAUGCCCGACACCGGUGAAUACCUCAUGGAAAUAUCAAUUGGUACGCCUCCAGUAGAAAUCUUAGGCACUGCAGAUACAGCCAGUGAUCUUUCAUGGAUACAAUGCAUCCCUUGUAGUACUUGUUUCAAGCAGAAAGCACCACUCUUUGAUCCCAAAAAUUCAAAAACUUAUGAGGAACAAAUAACAAUCUUGUCACUCAAGUCAAUCAAUGGAAUUGUUGCCACAGACACAAUUACAUUUGGCUCCACUACUAGGCAACCCUUUCGACUCCCUCAGAUUAUCUUGGGGUGUGGACACAACAACAGUGGGCUCUUUCGUGAAGCAGCAUCUGGCAUGAUUGGACUUGCUCGGGGAUCAGCCUCGCUUAUAUCCCAAAUGGAUUCUACGAUUGAUGGAAGAUUCUCUUAUUGUCAAGUGCAUGCUAUCUGGAAGCCAAACUCAACAGUCACAAGCAAAAUGAACUUUGGCAGUAGAGCUGUGGUGUCCGGGUUCAGGGUAGUUUCAACCCCAUUACUUACAGGCGACCCAAAUAUGUCAUUCUAUUUCCUAAGGUUGGAAGCAAUGAACGUUGGACUUAAGAGAUUCCAAUAUUAUACCAAUGGUACUGCUUCAACAAAACUAGGAAAGGGCAAUAUCAUCAUCGACGCGGGGACUACGCUGACAUAUUUACGGAAGGACGUUUACGGUAAAUUGGAAUCGGCAAUGAGUGAGGCAAUAAAAUUAGAACGUGUAAAUGAUACUCAACAUCAUCUAAACCUUUGCUAUAAAACCUAUUCGGAUAUCAAAGCUCCGAUAAUCACAGCGCAUUUUACUAGUGGUACAAAAUUGAAGUUAAAAGCUUUAAAUACAUUCAUGAGGUUGUCAAAGACUCUAGUCUGCUUUGCUUUCAAACCAACUCCAGUAGACAUCGCUAUUUUUGGCAACAUGGCACAAAGGAAUUUCUUCAUAGGAUACAUCCUUAAGAAAGAGACUGUCUCUCCUUUAAGCCUACUGAUUGUACCAAGCAUUAAUCACCAAUAUGCUAGGACGCAUAAGUAUCCGCGACUGGUUCUUUUCAUAAUAAUGUACUCUCAACUUUUUUAA